AUGAGUAAAUAUAAUGCUUCAGUUGUUUUUAAAACACUGAUUUCUCUUUUUAUUGCUGGGCUCAUUGUUAUUGCAGGCUCUUGAGUUAGAUCUAUUCUUAUUAGGCUUUUUAGGCAAGAUUGGGUUUUAUAUUUUGCAAAUAAUUUAAAUUUUGAUUUAGAUUAUUUUCAGUUAAAAAAUACUCAUUUUUUAAAUUUAAAACUUAUAUAUUUGUCUACUAUAAUAUUUAUAAAUUGAUUUAUUACAAAAUAA